GGGCUCAUCUUCGAGCUGGAGGUGUCAUUCGGGGACCUCGGCGCCGCUGUGCGUCGGGGAGAGGCUCCGCGCCUGACGACGGUGCCGCUGGUCCAGGAGAUUACCCGAUGGAUCCUGCACGCCUCCGAGAGCGGCAUCCAAGCAGUCCAGUCUUUGAGGAUCCCGAUCGCCUGCCCUGCGCUGCGCCUCUUCGCAGAG